AUGCCGCUCAGCCGGUCACGCGGCACCGUUUCAGGACGUCGCGACGCACAGACCGACGCUCCAGUAGCUCGCGUCGCUUUCCCUGUGCGGACAGGUGCUAAGUCCGUCCAUGGUCGAGAAGGACCCGUGAAACUAGAAGGUCGGCCCCACGACACCCAGAUGGCUGAUGCAGUAACCAAUGACCGAUUUCCACCACGAUUCAGAGAUGAAGGUUCUCAAUGUGUAUCAGUGACCAAUGGAUCUACUGCCAUUUUGACUGCUGAGCUCUACGACUUAUCAGAAGACACUGAAAUAUUAUGGUCCUUAGAUGGAGGGGCCCCAAUCGUCCCAGAACGAAGAAGGCAACUCAAACUGACCAAAAACACCAUCCAGCUGGCCUUGGACAAUGUCCAGAAGGAUGACGCCGGCCUCUACACAGUCACCGCUAGGAGCCCCUUGGGGGUGGCUUCCAGGGACGUCGAAUUGAGGGUGGGGGUUGGCGGGGAAAGCGACGAACCGCCCGCGUUUCUCAGACGACUCAACGAUUUGUCCGUGAAGGUUGGAACGAGGACCAGGUUCCUGGUGGAAAUCAGAAGCGAAUCCGAUCUCAACGUCGAAUGGUACCAAAACGAAAAGAGAAUAGAGGAAGAUGAGAGAUACAAAUUCGUCAACGAAGGUAGUUUUCAUUGCGUAGAUGUCGUUCCUGUGACAGCACAUGAUUCCGGCAGAUGGAGUUGUAUUGCUCGAAAUGCUACAGGACAAGGAUCCAGUUCGUGCCAUCUCAAUGUGUUGGUACCGAAAACGUACAAGCCUCCCGAAUUUCUGGAACCCCUGCGAGCCAUCCUCACAGAACAGGGUACCGUGUCCUUGGAAUGCAAAGCGGUAGGCGUACCCACUCCACUCCUCCGAUGGUUCAAGGACGACAAGGAAAUCCGUGCUGGAGAUGUUCUGGCAUUGACCGCCAGUCCUGAUGACCCCUCGUCCUUGGGAAGCUAUGCCUGUGAGGCUACCAAUUGUAUGGGGAAGGCAGUGUCGAGAUCCAGGGUUCUCCUGAUGGGGGUAGAAGAUGGCACUAGAACGGCUGACAGUCAUGUUCCAACCGGACCACCACCGAUAUUCAUACGAGAUAUACAAGACGAUUUAAUAAAAAUUGGAGAUCCCAUUUUACUCACUUGUCAAGUGUCUAUACCUCCUUGGCCAAAAUCGAUAACUUGGUACAACUCAGAAGGCAAGAUUGACGAUCAGUUACCAGGUACUAGGUACAAGCACAUGGCGGAUGGCAUUGGAGGGUACAUGCUGGAAGUCAGACCUACAGAAGCAUGUGACCAGGGAGAGUGGAAAUGUGUCGCUACCAGCGAAGGUGGUGCCAUUUCAAUAUCUACGUGUGACAUAAAAAUGAUAAUCCCAAAACACUUCAAGAAGCCACGGUUCAUGGACACUUUGAAAGCUGUAUUAACCGAAGAAGGUCUAGUUUCAUUCGAAUGUAAAGUCGUUGGAUCUCCAACUCCUCUACUCAGGUGGUUCAAAGACGGUCAAGAACUCAAACCUGGAGAUGUCUACCAACUAACAGGUACCAAUUCCCUUGGAUCAUAUUGCUGCAUAGCGAAAAACUGUAUGGGGGAAGCUAGAAGCUCUGCCGAGUUAACUGUAGAGGAUAUUCAAAGCCAAUUGAAUGAUGAAGAGAGAGAACAAUUAAUUUCUCGAAGUCAAGCACCCAAAUUCAUACAUGGACUAAAAAGUGGCGAAGGAAAAAUAAAUGAACCCUUCAGAUUCACUAUUCAAGUUAGCGUUACGACUCCUUUACCAGAGAUAUCCUGGUUUCGUGAUGAUCAACCAGUAACUACUGAGCCCGAGAAAUACAUAGUGUUCCGAGAAAACCUAGGAGUGUGUCAUUUGGACAUACGCUCGGUGGAACUCAACGACCAAGCUGAGUGGAAAUGUGUAGCUACAAAUGAGUUUGGCCACUCUGUAACAUCUUCCUUUUUGAAACUCAUAAUUCCUAAACACUUCCGUAAACCUAAAUUCCUCGAAUGUUUGAGAGCAGUUUUGUCAGAAGAAGGAGCUGUGAAUCUAGAAUGUAAGGUUAUCGGAGUACCACAGCCAGUAUUGAAGUGGUACAAGGAUGGGAUUGAAUUGAAACCUGGUGACAUCCAUAGGAUCACUUCUGGGGAAGAUGGUACCUGUUGUUUGGGAACGUACACCUGUGAAGCUCGGAACUGCAUGGGUACUGUUGCUAGCUCAGCCUCCUUGCUAGGUUUCGAAGACCAAAAGUCACAUGGUGCUUCAAGACCAGAGCUAGUUCGUCAACCAUCACUCUCAACCAUCCACGAAGAAAGAACCUCUCAGUUGUAUGAUACUGCUGGAGAUCAAUCGAUUACUAUAGCUGACCAUGGAGAAGUAUCAUUCUCUUUCGAUGGCAAAGAAGUAUCAGUAUCACUAUAUGAGACACCUGACCUAACAGAGGAAGAAGCCAUCCAGAUUGUGGAAAUGUAUGCUGAACAGCUAUCAGCCCACUUUUCGGAACAUAACGUAGUAGAACUUCCUCCUUUGAGAUUUGUCAAAGAAUCUUCGACAUCCGGCAACCUUCUAAUGGAAGCAGUACUAGUUGACGUCACCGAUGACUAUUUCCAAUCAGCCGAAGAUGACCUGAGAACAGAAGCAGACGUCGAUGAAAUACUCUCAAUAACAAAUGAAGCAUCAGUUACUUCAGAGAAACUGAAAAUCGAACUGACAUCGAGUAGUGAUGGUCCGAAAAGACCUCCAAGAAAAUCAGAUUCUUUGAAAAGCAACAACUCCUACUAUAGUUUAUCGAAGAACCUCUCACUGGACUCAGAUAGAGGUGAUGAGAGUUUAGCUGGUGCCGCUGAUCUCGAUACUGAGUCUUAUGGAGACUACGAGAGUGCUAUUAGCUCGGAAAAACGCCAUGUUGAAGAAGACAGAGCGUUCCAGAUAGCAGCUAUCACAGAAACCACUAGCCUAUUAGGAGAUGAAGAUAGGAGACCACUAACACCUCAUACCGCACACGAAAUUGGUUCUGAUCUGAGAGUCAACCGAAGUGAGAGCCAGGAGCUCAAGAAACCAAAACGAAGACGUUCAUCGCAAAGCUCAGAUGAGAUGUCAAAAGAUGGGUUCAAGAGGGGUUCGAUCAAGAAAACUGUUAGUCUAGAUUUACCAGAAACAUUCCAGAGGGAUUUACAAGGAGAGGAAGGAGAUGGAUUGGUUAUUGAUCCAAGACUGAAUGCAAUCAAGAUAACCGAACUACAGGAUCAAGAAUUGAGUGUGAUGAAAGAAAUGAAAGGUAACUUAGAGGAUAUCCUAACAGGUUUGUCGAAAGUGGAGGAUAGUCUAAUCUCGCAUGCUACACAUUCAUCUACUCCAGUUGACAGAAGUCUUGAGGUCAUCAAGAGUAUUCAUCAACCCGUAAUGGACAUUAAAACUAUUUUCGAAAGUUUCGAGGCGAGAAAAUUGUCUACUGAUACAUAUGUGGUUGAACUAGUAGCGCCAGCUAUAUUUGAUCUACAAAAAAGUUUGAUAGUAAUUGAAAACUGUGUUGGUGUGAAGGGUAAGGAGCAUACUUUGAUACAAAAAACUAGCUCUAAUAUACUCAACACCAUAGGACCUGAUAUACAAAGAAGUCUCAAUUUCGUUGAAAACAUUGCUUUAUUAGAGAAAGAGCUGAAUACGACCAAAGCCUCAGGAAGAAUGACACCCUCAAAGAUAAUACAAGAAGUUUGCAUUACGAUAAAAGAAAUGCAAUCAAAACUCAAUAGGAUAGAGACCGGUCUACCGGAAAAAUCAACAUCCCCUGAUUCUUUCUCCAGAAGAAUGUCUUCAAUCGAAAACAUUGAUGUGAUAGACAAAUUAUUGAGUACCGUAGAUGAUAUCAGACAUGCUCUGUCGAGCCUUGAAGAAACUAUAGCUUAUGAAGAUAGUGAUCAAAUGUACUCAGGACUCGGGGAAAAAAUCCUGGAGAAACUGCAAGAACCAGUAGAAUAUCUGGUGAGGGAAAUAAGAGUUGUGCAGAAAGAAUCAGCUAGAUAUACAUCUGAGAAAUCUUUGCAGCAAGAAGUGAGGCUGGCCCUAUUGGAGCAUGUAGAACCACCUAUUAGUGAACUGUCGAAAGGUUUGAAUGUUAUCAAAGUGCAAGAACCAGGCGAUAAACAUGCAGGGAUGAUAAGCCUCAAUGUAUUGGAAUCUUUCGUCAACCCAACUGAAGAAAUUGUUAGAGCACUGUCUAGAAUAAAAGAAAAUAUUGAUAUAAUCAAAACUGAUGUCGAAGAAACAGCAACAAGUGACGCAGUUUUCACUGAAGUGCUCGAUAAAGUUACUGAGUUAGUAUACAACAAUAUCACUCAAGGAGUAGAAGAGUUGUUCCUCAAUAUCGAAGUUGCAAAAAAAGGUGUCACAGAUGCUUUGCUCUUAGAAGCUCUUGGCCAACUCUCAAACUUGCAAAUUAAUCUGUCUAGAGCAGUAUCAGAGGCUUCUAAACAGAAAACUGAAGGAACAGUCACUGCCUUAGAAAGCCUCAAUGAGCCUGUUCAAUUGUUGAAUAGUCUUGUGAUGAAUAUCACACCAUCUAGUGGAAGAUAUAUUUUAGAGGAUGCAGUGAACCUCCUGAAUAUCUUAGAGGAAUGUAUUACAGUUGAUGAUGAAAUUCUGAAAAGUAUGGAUCUAUGCAUUUUAUUCUCGGUCCUAAGAGCAAAAACAACUGAAGUAAAAGAAGAUAUCUGUGGUCUCAUUGAACAUGGAAUGAUAUUCAAUCCGAUGAAGGAAGAUUCUUUAGACAAUGUUGUAGUAAUGAUGGAAGAAUGUUCGAACAAUGUCAUUGCUGAUAGUUUGAUAGAAGAUACCAAGUCUACAUUGCUGUAUUUGAAUGAUCAUUGCACAGACACUCUACAAUUGAUGUUGGAUCCAUUCCUUUCCAGAAUACAAGAUCUGACAAUCACAAUCAGCGAUUAUCUCUUGACAAAACCAAAAUCUGAUUUGACAAUGAAUGAUAGGAUAGCAUUACAAAAGCAUAUCAUACCUCUCGAAAUGGCUGAGGAUGUAGUUAUAGGGGCUCUAGAUUUCGUCAGUACUCAGCCCGCAUCUGAUGAAAAGAACGAAGUUUAUCGAACACUUCAGCAUUUGCAAUAUAAUAUUGCUGUGAUGCACCAGAAUAUUAUAGAUGAGACCCAACAUUUGGAAGUGACAAUGCAAUUUGGGCAACAAAACAUUGAGAAUUUGAGAACGAUGAUUGCAAAUGUUCAACAGAUGCCUAUGAUGAAUGUGGAUUAUGAAAAUGUUACACAAGAAGCUCAAGGAGCAAUAGUCCAAAAUAUUUGUGCGUUGGCAAGACCUUUAAUAGAAUUUUAUGAAGUGGCGAUGUCGGAGAAUAGCGAACAAAUAUCUCCUGAACUACUUGAGACUGCAACUGAAGUUUUGAACUUGAUAGAAGAAAUCAAAACUGAUAUAAUAUCUGAAAAGACAGGUGAAUUAGUUGUUUCCAAUGAAAACAUCAGGAGAAUCGAGAAACUGGCUGAACCAUUGAAGAGACUUGAAGCGAAUUUUUCUGACAUUCAAAGAGAUAAGGAGUACCGGAAAGAAGUGUUUUCAUCGAUAAGAGAUCCAUUGGUUGAGAUCGCUGAGUUGUUAGAAAUCAUCCCAGACGAACUCAAAAUCAAAUUAUUCACUUUACAUGGGCCCCUCAGAAAUGCCAUUGAAAUCAUAUCGCUGGAAAUGUUCAACUAUGAUAUACAAAUCAACGACUUUAGGUGUUUAGAGAAAGUAGCACACAUACUCAAAGAUCUCAGAUUGGCAAUACCAACUGAAAGUGAUAUUCAUGAUAUCUCAUUGAUAGUAGAACAUUUGAUGCCACAGGCAGAACAUCUCCUAGAAUCACUGAAAGAAAUAGAGAACAACAAAAGAUUGGAACAUAUCACGUACUCUCUUGAGGAAUUCACUAAAACCAUCCUAGAAUUACAAAGUUACCUAGAAGAAAAUUAUCCAGUAGGAAUAGAAGAAUAUACCGCUUUCAUGAGUGAGAACUUGCCUGCUUUGAUUGCUUCUUUAGAAAAUUUGAAGACUAUGCCAAGAACUACCUUACUUCGUAAGCUGCAGUGUGAGAUAGAGAGUACCAUCGAAAUUUCUGAAGUACUAUUUUCUAAAACUUUCGAAGAUAUGUCUCCAGAAAUUUCUCACGGAGAACAAGUCUUAGGUUUGAUCAAUACGAUUAUCAGUUACAUCAUCGAUGGUGUAAGAUUUUCAGAAGAUGCUACUACGUUACUUGAAUUGAACGAAAUUCUUGAGAGAUUUGUACCUAGAUCUGAAAUAGCAGAACUUUUCACGGAAACAAGUAGUAGUAUCUGCUCAAUUUUGAGUGAAAUAGCAAGCAAUAACUCGAAAAAAGCGAUGAUAUCUGAACACCUCCAUAGUUUUGAGAAUAUAACAAGUGACGAGAAGUCAAACAAACUUUCCAAAGAACUAAAAAAUAUUGUCGAAAUAAUUGAUCUUUAUUUAGAAGAUACCACUCUAGAAGAAUCGAGAGAUUUCCAGCAAGUUGAAAGUCUUCUUGACACUUUGAAGAGCCUUGCAGAAGUCACAGCAAGAGAAGAAUGUGUGAAAAGAGAUAUUGAAACAUCUUUCGAGAAACUAGACGAUAUCAACGAGAAAUUAUCACAAAAUCUGAAAUCAGAAGUAACUGUGAAUAUACAAAAUGUGAAAUCUAUCAUCAAUGAAAAUUUGAGAAUCAACGACCUCAUGAGAAAUAUCGAAGAUAUACAAGUGAUAGUAAAUCGUUGCAGAAAAUCAUUCAAAGACAGAUUCCACCAAGAUGUUUCAGAUGAAAUCUUGAGAAAUUUUCAGUCGAUUAAACAAAUUCUGAGUCAAUCAGAUAAAAUACUUGGUAUUGAACAUAUCCAAGAAUUAUUUGUAGCAUUCAAAGAAGGUUUUUCAUUGAUCGAACAGGAAAAUGUUCAAACAGAUGAGAAGGAAGGUAUAUUCAAUAAAAUAGAAUCGAUAAUGCAGAUAUUAUAUUCAUCUCCAUCUCUAGAUGAUCACUUCUAUGAGCUUGUUCGUAACUCAGCUUCACUACUCAGAAAAGUCCAAUCUGAAAAUAUUGAUUUGAAGAAUUUGGAAAUCUUACAACAAACCUUGAUUACUCUAGGAACCAUCCAAAAUAUUCCUUCUCAAAAGCCUGUGAUAGCCAAACUACAAGAAGUAUCAAAAACCAUUGGGAUUAUUUCACCAAUGCUGAAUAGAGAAUCUCCAGAAACAAAAUUGCUGGACGAUAAUCUUGGUGUUCUCAAUACUUCCAUAGUAAAUGCCGUUGAAGAAGAUGACACCGAAGCAAUAUAUAAGUUGAAGCCCAUAAUAGAAAAUUUACAAAUAAUCGUUAAUAGUUUGGAUAUAUCUGAAGAAGCCAAAACAGAAUUGAAAGUACUCACAACAGUACUCAUUCAAGAUCUUUCGACGAAUGUUGAUGAACAAAAAACUGAGGAAGUCGAAGAAAAACUUGUUUCAACAUCAAUACAAGUGGAGAAUCUUCAACAAUCAUUAAAUUUAUUGAAACAAUAUGAAUCAGGUAUUCUUUGUGAACUUAUCAAACCAUUAGAAGAGGUGGUGAAUGUAUCAAAAGAGAAGAGCUACCAAAAUGAGCUCAUGAACCGAAUUUUCGAAGAUUUGGAUAUUGCUUUGAAAGCAGUAUAUGCAAGUCAAAACAAUACAGCAAAGGAAAAAAUAAAGACACUCUUCUCGAACAUACAUGAUCUUGGAGAUGACAGUACAGUCAAGAGUACUUUAGAAAACCUUUGUAUUGCUUUUGGAAAUGUAGUACAGAUAAAGGAAUCUGAGUCUGCCAUUGAUAAUCUUGAAGACACUUUGAAUAAUUUGAAGGUCACAUGUGAUAAAUAUCGGAAUCAACAAUAUGAUAGAAGUAUCUUACCAGAGAAUCUACAUUUCACAAUUCCAGUGAUAGAAAUGGACCUUGAAAGAAUUGAAGUUGACAACAUUCCUGAAGAUGACAUAAAGUUCAUCAAGCAUGCAACAAGUCUGAUCACCAUUUUGAACGGUUACAUCGAUUCCUCUGCUAACGAAAGAACUGAUGACAUGAUUUCCACUGUAUCCGAAUUUUUGAAAGAUAAUAGCAUAUCAACUCCAACUGGGAUAAUUAAGAAUCUUCAACUACUGAUCAACAAAACUUUAUACACGCUGAAAGAUAUCAAAAAAGUCGAAAAAUUGAAAGAUGCAAUGAAACUUGAGAAUAUACAAUUAGCUUCUGAGUCUUUGCAGAACCUUGCACAAAGCAUUGCUGCCAUCCGAUAUGCUAAUGUAGACACACAGAAAAUCAUUGACCUUCAGAAAUGUUCUCACAGUCUUCAAACAGCUAUCUACGACUUGAUAGAAUGCCCCCUGUCGGAAUGCGAUAAUAAGUUCUUGGAAAAUAUCAGCAAAAUAUUCGCCGAAAUCGAUGCAUACAUUAUUUCCGUCUCUAAAGUGGAUCGUAACGUUAUUCCAAUACAGAAGCAGCAAGCCAUAAUAUUCUUGAAUAUUUUGAAAGAAGCCGCAAAAGCUAUUGACGAAACUUCCUCAAUGAACAGCAUUGCAGGAACUCUCAACACUUUCACAAACUCACUACCCAAAAUUAUCGAUCAACUCGAACAAGGAUAUGAAAACGAAGCGAACACUAUCAUAGAGAAAGAGUUGCAGGAGGAAGUAUAUCUAGAAUCCAAAGGAGUAGUAGAAGAACAAGAGGUAACAAAUGUUACAGAAUCUGAGAAGGCAACAGAUGAGGAAGAACUGCCAAUCUUACCUGAAGGAGGAAUUAUGUCCAAAGAAUCGGAUACAGCUGGAGUUGAUGUCGAAGAAGUUAUAUUGGAUACUUCAUAUUCAGAAGUAACGAAACAACUAGAAGGGCGGGGUAUACAAGAGAAAGAGCCAUCGUUGGUAAAAGUGGAAGAUGAAAUAGAUAUAGAGAAGAACGAGUCACGGAUACAAAUCCAACAAGGUGAUACCAAGAAGCCAACUGAAUCACUCAUCACUGUCCAAACAGAACUUAUACAAGAAGAUAUUAAUGCAGAACAAGAAGAAGAGAAGGAGCAAACAGAAAUUAGUUUCCAAGAUAGAGAACCAGCAACUGAUGGAAACAAACAAAUGAUGGAUAGUCAAGAUCAGACUGCACGAAUCAAAUCCGAAGAAAAUACUGCUGAAGCUGUUAUUUCAGAAUCAAAGGUUAUGGAUACUGGAUCUCAGGACAUACUAGUAGGAAAAAUAAGAGAUGACAAAGAUAAAACCCAGACCAUAAACGAUAAAGCAGAACAUGAAAUAAUAGCUAGAGAUGAAACGAUGUCACUAGCAGAGAGUAUCGGAUAUGAAGAAAAUAUAGUUCCUCAAAGAAAAACUCAAGAUGGAAAAUCUACAGGAGACGAAAUCGGUUUGAUUGAAAAGGUUCCAUCUGUUUCACCAACUGAAAUUGAUGAAUUUGCCACUACCGAGUAUUCACAAAUCAAAGUCGAGAGUCAAACCCACAACAUACUAGUAGAAACAAAAGAAAAAAAUACGACCCAAGCGAGAGACGAUGAUGCAAAAUAUGAAGACAUGCAAGUAGAUAUGAACUUGCACCCAGCAGAUGAUUCGAAAAAUCAAACAAAUAUUGUAUUGCAACAAGCAGCGACUACCGAAAAUCAAGAAAAUAUUGCCCAAGAUGAACAAUCAUCAGAAGAUGCUCGUCAAAUCGUCCAGAGAGAAGAAAUUCCAUCUAUUUCAUCAACUGAAAUUGAUGAAUUCGUCACUCCUGAAUAUGCAGAAAUGAAAGUCGAAUAUCAUCCUCAAAACAUACUAACAGAAAAAAUAGAAACACAAACAACUCAAAUGGAGGACGACGAAGCCGAACAUGGGAAUGUAGAAGAAGAUAGAAAAUUGCAACAAACUGGAAGUAUCAAAAAACAAGAAGAUAUUGUUUCUCAAAGAAUGCUCGAAGAUGAAGAAUCACCAGGAGAGCUUCUUCAAAUCAUUCAGAUAGAAGAGACUUUAUCUAUUCCACCAACUGAAAUCGACGAAUUUGUCACUACUGAAUAUGCACAAAGGAAAGUAGAAGAUCAAACUCGGAACAUACAGAAAGAAGAAAUAGAUGAACAAAUGACUCUAUUGAGAGAUGACAAAGCCGAACAUGGAAAUGAAGAGGAAGAUAGAAAAUUGCAGCAAGAACAAGAAAAUAUUGUCGCUCAAAGAGAACCUCCAGAUAUACAAUCAUCUAGACAGGUUAAUGAAAUAGUUCAGGAAAAGGUUCCUUCUAUUCUAUCAACUGAAAUCAGUAACUCUGAAAAUCCUGAAAAUGCACGUAUGAGUGCCGAAGAUCAAACUCUCCUGAACAAACUACAGGAAUCAGCUUUAGCAAGUAGCAAAGAAAAAGAAGAAAUCCAGCACUCAGAAGAUCUGACUGAAAAACAGAACAAAUUAUCGAUUGCUCAGAAAGACGAGAUAUGUUCAGUGGAAGCAGAAUCUACUGGGAAAGAUAUUGUUGUGGAAGACGUCAAACCAAUUGUGUUGAAAGCAGAAAAAGAUAUGGUCAUAGAAGGAGUUGAAACUCCACUCCAGUUACAAGACGACCUGGAGGAAAUACGAAAGAAAGAACAAACAUUGAUGAGCGUGUCAGAAAUUGCAGGAGAUAUCCAAGAAUUCAUUUUAGAGGAAUCUGAAUCAGCAGUAAUUAUAGAGCAAUCACAACAGGCAGCAGAAGAUGUAACUGCAAAACCAGAAACUGUAUUGGUUGCCCAAAAUGAUGAGCUAGUUAUAGUGGGAGGAGAAUCUUUAAAAAACGAAUACCAAACUGUAGCAGAAGAGUACGAAGAUGAGAAGAAAAGCGAGAUAUUGAAAGAACCGUUGGUUGAAAAAGAAAUCAAGUCGAUUUCAUCAGAAAAAGAGGAAAAUGAAAUAAUAAUUGGAGAAGAUCAAGUUGUUACUGCAUCUCAAUCGAAUGAAGACCUAUUAGGAAUUCAGGAGCGAGAGAAAAACUCAUCAAAAACUCUAGAAAAAGCACAAGAAUUGGUUCCAGGAAUAUAUUCAUCAACGGACACUACAGAACCAAAAGAAAUUUCAGGAAACAUUGAGGAUGAACAAGCUGCAGAAGAUGUAACUGCAAAACCAGAAACUCUAUUGGUUGCUCAAAAAGAUGAGCUAGAUAUAGUGAGAGUAGAAUCUAUCGAAAACGAAUAUCAAACCGAAGCAGAAGAGCACAAAGAUGAGAAGAAAAGCGAGAUAUUGGUUGAAGCAGAAAUCAAGUCGAUUUCAUCAGAAAAGGGAGAAAAUGGAAUAAUAUUUGAAGAAGAUCAAAACUUAUCAAAAACUCUAGAAAAAGCACAAGAAUUGGUUCCAGGAAUAUAUUCAUCAACGGACACUACAGAACCAAAAGAAAUUUCAGGAAACAUUGAGGAUGAACAAGCUGCAGAAGAUGUAACUGCAAAACCAGAAACUCUAUUGGUAGCCCAAAAAGAUGAGCAAGAUAUAGUGAGAGUAGAAUCCAUCGAAAACGAAUAUCAAUCCGUAACAGAAGAGCACAAAGAUGAGAAGAAAAGCGAGAUAUUGGUUGAAGCAGAAAUCAAGUCAAUUUCAUCAGAAAAGGAAGAAAAUGGAAUAAUAUCUGAAGAAGAUCAAAACUCAUCAAAAACUCUAGAAAAAGCACAAGAAUUGAUUCCAGGAAUAUAUUCAUCAACGGACACUACAGAACCAAAAGUAAUUUUAGGAAACAUUGAGGAUGAACAUGUUGAAGGGAUAGAAGUUCAGAAAAGUGUAAAGAAAGAGGACGAUCAACCUUUACAGGAAAAGCGCAUAGUUGAAUCUGAAUGUGAAGAGAAAUCUAAAGAUAAAGAAAAUGAAUCUUCAGCCCAGUUACAAGUGCAGAAAGUGAAUGAUAAAAUUACAGAAGACUUUAUGGAAAAAAAUAUAGAUCUGAACGUAGAACAAAAUGUACCAAUAAUAGGAGAAUCUUCCGCAGAAAGGAAGAAAGAAGUAGAUACUGAUAAAUCGAUUAGUAGUCAACCAGAGCAGCUGAAAUCAAAAGUCGAAAUCGAUAACGAGAAAAAUGCCGUAACCCAAGUGUUAGAACUUCUGAAAGAUCAGAUUGAAAUGAUAGAUCCCAUUGAAAAACAUACAAUUCUGGAAGCUGAAAAAGGUGAGCAUGGUUCAGAAACAAAAAUUGAAGAAUCGAUUGAGCCCACUACUCCAACAAUAAUAGAUACAAAGCAUACAAGUAUUGAUGAAAAAGAACAUACUAGAACUAAAGAAGCUGAUGAAGUCGCGGAACUUCAAAAAGAUGCAACAAUACACAUAGUGUCAGGAGAAUCGACUGAGGAUCAAACAGUUCAGCAGGAUGACGAAAUUUUCAGAAAAAACUUUGCUGAAACAACAAAAUUGGAAGAAAUAACUGAACCAGUUGAAAAACAAUUCAUUCAGGAAGAACAAUCUACAGUUCAACAGAGUAUUGCCCAACUGGAACCAAUCGUUACAUCUUUGAUGAAGCUGAAUCAAUCUGUGGGUGAAAUAGAAAACGAACCAUUAUCUGAUCUGAAAAAGAUAGCUGUGAAGGAACUAGUAAAAUCGAUAACAUCUGUAGCAACAAUCAUCGAGAGCAAAUGCAAAGAUAGAACAGAAAUGAAGGUGCUCACAGCAGAAGAACAAAUAGCUCUUUCGGGAAUGAAUAACACUAUACGUUUACUGAACGAUUUUAUAGUAAGUAGCCAGAAUGAAAAUGAAAUUCCUUCAUCUACAGCAGAAACUGUUAAAUUAUCUAUCGAAGAUUUGAGACUAGCUGUGGUUAAGGUGCCGAAAGAUUCACAGAUGAAAGAAUCAUUGGAACAACUAGAAGAAACUAUUAAGAAUGCAAUAAAUCUGACUGAGAAUAUUCCUCUAGAAAUGGCCAAAAAAUCUAAACUGAGAAAUGCUGUGAGAAAUAUAAUGAAGAAUAUCAGAGUUAUAGAAGUACAGUUACCAGAAGAGAAGAUGAUCUCACUGUCCAAACUAGAGGAUAGUUGCAACGCAGUAGAAUCAAUCAUUGAUAAUAUCGUGAUUGAGAGAGAUAUUGAUCAUGAGAUAUUUGAGAGAUUCACUGGGUACCUUCAAGAUCUCAGUGAAAUACUGGAGCUCACAGAAGGAUUGAAAAUAACAGUGACUGAAAAUAUAUUGGAGAAAAUCAGAAAAAGAUGUCACGACAUCACUGAUAGAUUGACAAACAGAUCUAGAGAUCCUGUAAUGCUUGCCCUAGGAGAACAAGUUAAAGAGAUCGGCGAAAACAUACUCACCUUAUUAUCUCCAUCACAAUCGAUAGUGAACGAGUCAAUACACAAGUUUCAGUGCUCGAUACAGGAGAUUCAAGAACAUGUGGCAUCUAUCGAAUCAAGCAAAAAAGAUAAAGCAGAUACUGUUUUCUUAAACGAGUUGCAGAGGCCGCUGACAACCUUACAAUUCAUUUCAGUUACAGUUCUAGAAGACAAAAAAGUUACUCUCAAACCAGGAGAUAUACAACUUCUGGAAAUGAUGAAUGAAUCUGUUCAAAGGCUGAAAAAUGUACUGAAACAAGGCCAAGGGAGACCUUUAUCACAACAAUAUGAGCAACUCCAUUCAUAUUCUGAUGGAUUGAGAACACUUCUUGAAAGCAUCAAUCAAGAAUCGCAGUUGACUGAUUUUUCUGAAACUCUACACGAUAUAUUGAAAAGUGUAGAAAAAUUGAUCAUCAGAAGUUUGUCGAAUGAGAAAGAGAGAACAGAAAACAUUGAAAGAGGUAAAGCACAUUUACAAGAGAAAUUAAUUGAUUUUGAAAAAUUCAUAGUAGAGACAGUGAGACCUGAAUCGAAACACAUCAUCACCGAGACUUUACAAAAACCCUUGAAGACAAUAAUUGGUGGUAUUCAAAUAAUUCCACAUGGCAAUAUCCAUGAAAUGGAGCUUUGUGCAAUGAGAGCUAUAACAGAAUCAAUAUCUGAGUUCGAGAAAAAUGUGAAACAAAAUGUUACUGAGUCUGCCAGACAGCUAGAACAAGUUAUAACGAGUAUAAUGUCUGAAAAUAUUGAGGAACCCUCGGUUCAAAAUGAAUUUAUGACAUUUAUUACAGAGCCUCUCCAACAAAUAAAAGAAUCUUUGGAUACUAUGCAUCUGAUAUCAAGAAGAGAGACAAUUUAUGACUCUCCACUGCUACUAGAUCUCAGCAGCAGUGUAACAGAUUUCCUAGCAUUCAUAGUGUCAUGUAAAUAUACGCCAGAAGGAACUUUCAAUCCCUUUUCUAGUUUGCUAGGUCCAGUUGAAGAGUUAGAACUUCAAGUAAAUAAACAUAAAAAUGCCCAACCUAUGAGAGAUGAAGAAGAACUGUUGAAACAGAUCACCGAAUGUUUCAAGCAGAUUAGUUCUAUCUCUUUGGAAAAUAAAAGCAUUGAAGUAUUUUCAAAACCAUUGGAUUGUCUUCAGAAUAAACUAAUCAGUGCCUGUAUGAGAGCUAUAUUGACCAAAUCGGAAAGCGAAAAUCCUGUCAUUAAAAAUUUGCUCAAUCCUUUGGAGCAAAUCUGCAAGGCAAUAAUAAAGAUACAAGAUGAAUUAUCAGUGAGAAAAUCCGUGAGCAAUACUCGUGAAAGUAUAAUGAAGAAUUGUAGAACCAUAGUUGAUAAUGUAGGAAAAUAUGAUAAUCUCAAGAUGCUGAUUCCACCAAUGGAAACAAUAAAUCAUUCUUUGAAUGAACAUGAAUCCUUGCCAAGUAAUUCAACCCUCGCUAAUGUAAUGAAACGGGGAUCUAAACAUUUGUCUGAUGUGUUAGAUGUUUUAGAAGUAACAGAUAAUACAGACUUAUGUGAUAUACUUCACAGAGUUAAAGAUUCUUGUGAUAGAAUAAACAAAAUACCAGAUGGUUGUGAAGGUUUGAGCGAUCUGAAAAAUUUCAACUUGCUACUGAAAGAGGUCAUUCAACAAAUUGAAGUAAAGACUACAGGAGAAGCAAACAUAGCUGCUAGUGGAGUUAUACAGCAAUCUCUGAAUGAUAUCGGAGAAGAUAUAAUUCAGCUACAAAAAUUGAUAUUGGAAGAAGCUGUUCCACCAAGUGAAAUUCUUUUGAAUGUACUCUCUAUCCAUGAAUCAGUCAGUCUAUUACAGGAAGUGAGUUCACAAUAUCUACAAGAUCUGAUCACAGAUCCCUUGGAAACUGCUACGUUGUCAUGUGUUGAAUUAACUCUACGAAAAUUGCACCCAGUUUUCGUGUGCCUACAGGGUACGAUUCAGAAGCCAGUGUUACAUGAAAUGAAUAGGAAGGAGAUAGUAGAAUCGAUGAGAUAUCUGAGGCAAGCUAUUGAAAUCGUGCGAGCGGGGCCUCCUACUAUUUUCAAGGCUGUUAUUGAAGAACCUUUACAGUCUUUGGAAAUCAAAGUGGCAACUCUGCAACAGAGCUUAAUGGGAGACAAUGUUCAAUUUUAUAAUAAUAUCGAAACUCUCGAAAAACUCAAUGGAGUUCUGAAUGAAUUUGUCACAACUGGAACUCAGUAUUCUUUCAAUUAUCAAACCGCUGCCUGUCUGAAAGAACCAAUAGCAUUCUUGUUGGAUUCUAUGGAACAAAUGAUGAAACUACAAUUCAGUGUCGAUUCUCAACCUUCACAAGGGUACCUCAGUAGUCUCAAAUUACAGAAUAAACACUUACUCUGCCUUUCCAAAACUUUGUCGAAAUCAGCUGAGACCAGAGAAGUUAUUGAGAGCGAACUCAUGCAAAUGCUUAAACUCAUCUCAGAAAAUGCUAUAGAGUUGAUAGAAAAAUCUCGAGAAAGUACUUUUUUGGAAUGUUUAUGUGAACCAAAUAAACUGUUGCUCUUAUCUAUCAACAACUUUUUAUCAGAAAUUGUGCCUAGAGAAGAAAUAGUUGUUGAAGAAGAAAAUGAAUCAAUAAUAGAGCAUGCCAUAAAAGAAGAGAUACAGCCAUCGAUACAAGCUCAUGAAUCCCGAGAUGAAUUGAUUGAAACAGUUGGUAGCUUGAAAAACCAGUUGAUAUUAUUGAGUUCUCUGUUUGAAGAUUCAAACAUAUCACCAGAACAAGGAAUAUCAACUUUCAGAGAAUCUGCUGAUGAACUAUCUCAAUUUGAACAAUUUAUAGGAGACUUGGAAUAUCAAUCUCAAGAGUAUGAAGAUCUAGCAGCAAUGAAAGAUCCAAUAAAGAUUUUGACGGAAGAUAUUUUGAAUACUAUUGAAGCAUUGAAGAAGCAUGAAUCGCAAGACGUGCAUCUCUUAGAGAUAGAUGCUGCUAUAGUAGUAUUACAAAAAAAAUUAGUGAGUGCUAUAAAAAUAUCACCAGGAAAUAAAUGUAUAGAUUUACUUCAAAAACCAUUAGCAAUACUUGCUGCUAAACUUGAGGAUAUUGGAAAAAUCAUGAAACUAAAAAGUGAUAAAACGCCUAGGUAUGAUAAACAGCUCGCGAGAGAAUUGUCUGAGAUAAUUACUGCUUUGAAUGCAGACAUAAUCUCAUUGAAAUAUGAAAUACACGAUACUGGAGGAGCAACACGAGGUUUAAUGUCACUCUUAGAAUCAACAGAAGUUAUUUGUCAACUAGAAGAGUCUAUCAAAACAUUAGAAGAAGAUAUAGCAAACAAUGAGGAUGAUAUCACAGUUGAUCAAUAUAAUGCCUUAGCAAGAAUAAAAGAGCCUCUGAAUCAAUUGUCUGAAGCUAUCCAAAGUACAGUUCAAGAAUUCCAACACCCAGGGAUAGAAGAGCAAAUAUCAUCAAGGAUCAACAAUGCUAUUUCAGCUUCAAAGAAAGACUUGGAACAUAUCCUUGUAUCACUGCCAGAAAUAAAACCUUUUCAGUUGAUUUUGAAGCCACUGACAGCUCUUUUAGCACAGUUAGACAUCAUUGAAGGCACUUAUGAUAUCAAGAGUUUGACAAAACCAAGAAGGGCAAAAAUAUUGGUGAAAGAGCUUGCUGACACCAUAGGAAACUUGAAUAAUCAAAUUAGUUUGUUGACAGUUGACGCAUCUACUCCUGAUGCCCCACAGCAAGGUAUAUUGACAUCAGCUAAUACUGAAGAUGAACUGGUUACUUCCAUUGAGAAUUUGGAUCUACAAGUUCUCGAAAAGCUGGACGAUAUCACUGAUGAGCAGUAUGAGAGUAUAUCUCAUUUGGAAUUACCAAUCAAGGAAUUGACGGUUGCCCUUGAACAAGUAGAACCUGAUUCACAGAUUACAGAGAAACAAUUACCAGAAGUGCGAAAAGCAUUAUCAAUAUUGAAACACGAACUCGAGUAUGCCAUAGAACUAUCACCAGAAACUAAAACAUUGCAAAUUUUGAGUGUUCAAGUAACAGCACUUGUUGGAAAAUUAGAUGUAAUUGAAGAUAGUAUGCAGAUUGCAACUGAACCUAGACGAGAUAAAACUCUGCUGAGAAAUUACGUGAAAAUAGUUAGAGACAUGAAAGAACAGAUAAAGUGUUUGAUAUUACCAGUAUUGCCACAACAAGAACGUCAGUCAGUAGAGAACGUAGCGGACAUCACAGAAAAACAAUUUGAGAAAAUAACUGCACUAGAAAAACCUAUGGAGAGAUUGACAGAACUUUUCUUUAUCAGCGGUGAAUCCAUGAAGAUUCCUGAUAUAAAAGUUAAACACGUUCAAGAAGUGAGAAAUGCUCUACAGGAUUUGAAACAGGAAGUGAAAAAUGCAGUUGGGUUACUACCAGAAAUGGGAACUUUGAUAAUACUACAGACCCCAUUGGUUUCUUUAGCAAAUAAAUUGGAUUCAUUAGAAAAUAUUAUUGGAGAACAAUGCAAAAUAAUGCCAAGGAAAGAUCUUGUAAUCCUAGAAAAAAUUGCUGAAUCUAUUAGUCAUUUGGAAGAGCAUCUAAAAUCCUUGGAAGUGCAAGUAGAUCAUACUGGAGUAUUUCCACCACAAGGAAUAUCAUUCCUUUGUGAUGCAAGAGAAGAGGUUACUCAACUUUACUCAUCUAUUGAAAAUCUAAAAUAUCAUCUGAUAGAGAACGUAGCUGAAGUACAACAGAUCGACCAACUAACCUCAAUAGUAGAGCCUAUCAAAAAACUGACAGAACUUGUAUACAACGAAGUUAAAGGAAUAAUGCAACCCGAAAUAUUGGAGGUGAAAAAUACCAUAACGUCUUUGAAACAAGAAAUUAAAAAUUCCGCUGUUAUGUUGCCAGGAAUGGGAACAUUAUCGAUAAUUCGGACACCAUUAUCAGAUCUAGCCAGUAAACUGGAAAUUAUAGAAGGUAUAAUUGAAGAAAAAGAUAAACAAAAAUCACGACGGGAUAUAAAACUAGUGAAAGAGUUCGCUGUAGUUGUAGGAAGCUUGAGAGAGCAGAUCAAAUCCUUGCAAGAUCAAAUACUAGAUGUAGGCGUAUCUCCACAACAAGGAAUAUUAUCUCUGUGUGAAGCAGCAGACGAAAUUGAUGAACUGUCUGCUUCUGUUGAAAACAUAGUGCGUCAACCAACUACGAACGAAGCUGACAUUACAGUAGAACAAUUCAAAGAAGUAGCUGCCCUACAAAAACCUAUAAAGAUACUAACUGAGAAAAUACUGAUAAAUGUUGAAGCUGUGAAAAAACCGGAGAUGAUGGAACAACAAAUACCUCAAGUGAGGAAUGCUAUAUUGGCUCUGAAGCAGGAAUUGAUCCAUUCCGCAAAGAUAUUGCCUGCAAUGAAAACAUUGACGAUUCUUCAAAAACCAGUUGAAGCUCUAGUGAGUAAACUAGAGUUGAUAGAAGAUAUUAUGAUUGAAGGAAAUGGAGAAGAAAAAUCACGAAGAGAUAUGGAAUUGGCAUCAGCGAUUGCCGAGAAUUUUGACGCGUUGAAUAAGCAAAUGCAAUCAUUGGAAUCUCAGUUACAAGAUGUUGGAGUAUCAACACAACAAGGGAUAUCAUCUCUCACUAAAGCGAUAGGAGGAAUAGUUCAACUUGCUUCUUCUAUAGAAAACAUAGAAGAUAAACCAUUCGAUAACGUACCUGAUAUCACAGCUGAACAAUUCUCUAAAGUAGCGGCACUAGAAAAACCCAUCAAGAAAUUAACAGGAAUAAUUUUCCACAGUGUGGAAUCUAUGAAGAAUCCUGGAAUACUGAAACUACAAGUACCAGAAGUAAAAAAUGCCAUAUCGGCUCUGAAGCAAGUAUUGAUUCAUUCCAUAGAAAUAUUACCUGAGGUGAAAACUUUAACAGUACUUGAGAUACCAUUAGCCGCUCUAUCAAGUAAACUGGAGAUUAUAGGAGAUAUAAUUGAAGAGAAGUGCGAAGAGACAUCACGGCGAGAUAAAACUUUGGUCAGAGAAUUCGCUAAAGUUGUGGAUGACUUGAAAGAUCAGAUGCAAUCAUUGAAAGCUCAUUCACAAGAUGUAGGAGUUACGCCACAACAAGGAGUAUUCUCUCUCACUGAAGCCAACAACGAAAUUGUCCAACUCGCUGCUUCUAUUGAAGAUAUCGGAGUUGAAAAUGUCGCUGAUAUUACAGCAGAACAAUUUGAUGAACUAUCUACAUUAUCAAAUACAAUGAAGAGGUUAGCUGAAAUUGUUUUCAUCAGUAUUGAAGCUAUGGAUAAACCUGGGAUUAUGGAAAUACAAAUACCAGAAGUGAAGAAUGCCAUUUUGGCUCUGAAGCAUAGAUUGAAUCAUUCUGCAGUUAUAUUACCAGAAAUGCAAAGUUUGAACACACUGCAAAUACCAUUGAAAGCACUCGAAAGUAAACUAGAGCUCAUAGAAGAUGUCAUUGAACGAGGUGAUAGGAAAAAAUCACGACGAGAUACAAAAUUGGUUAAAGAAUUCGCUAAAACUGUGGGAGACUUGGAAGAACAUAUUCAAUUAUUGACGGCUCACAUACAAGAUAUUGGAGUAUCACCUCAAAAUGGAAUUUUUUCUCUCAUUGAAGCAACAGAAGAGAUCACCCAACUUGCAGCUUCUAUCGAAAGUAUGGAACAUCAACCACCUGAAAACAUAGAUGAUAUCACAGUAGACCAAUCCGAAGAAAUAGGUGGAGUAGAAAAAUCUAUGAAGGAAUUAAUUGAAAUACUUCCUAUAAAUGUUGGAGAUAUAAGGAAACCUGAUAUUAUUGAACAACAAACACCAAAAUUGAGGAAGGCAGUAACCGCUUUGAAGCAGAAAUUGAUUCAUUCUGCAGAUAUAUUACCUGCUAUGAAAACUUUAACGAUCCUUCAAAUGCCUUUUGCAGCUCUAGCAAGUAAACUAGGAAUCAUAGAAGAUGUAAUUGGAGAUAAGAGCAAAGAAGAAUCAAGAAGAGACAUGCAAUUGGUCAAAAAUAUGGCUGAAUCUGUUGGAAACUUGAAAGCGCAGAUGCAAUCAUUGGAAUCUCAAUUACAUGAUGUUGACCAGUCAUCACAACAAGGAAUAUUAUCGCUCGCUGAAGCAAUAGAGGAACUCGAUCAGCUUGCUAUUUCAAUCGAAGAUAUUGAACAUAAAGCAGUUGAGAAUGAACCCGAUAUUACAGCUGAACAAUCUGAUCAAGUAGCUGCACUAGAAGAACCAAUUAAGAAAUUGACAGAAACUAUUAUCAUCAGUGUAGAAGCUAUGAAGAGACCUGAUAUCAUGAAACAACAAGUACCAGAAGUGAGAAACGCCUUAGUGGCUUUGAGACAGGCAUUGAUGCAUUCGGUAGAGAUAAUACCAGAGAUAAAAACUUUGAAAAACCUUCAAAUACCAUUAACGGCUUUUGCUAGCAAAUUAGAAAUCAUAGAAGAUAUGAUUGAAGGAAAGUGCGAAGAGAAAUCACGACGAGAUAAAAAAUUGAUUAAAGAAUUCACUCAAACUGUAGGUGAUUUGAAGGAACAAUUGAAGUUGAUGACAGCUGGAAUACAAGACGUUGGAUUAUCACCACAACAAGGGAUUUUUUCUCUCACUGAAGCAACAGACGAAAUUGUCCAACUAGGUACUUAUAUUGAAAAUAUUGAACAACAAGAAGUUGAAAAUAUAGCUGAUAUCACAGCACAACAAUUUGAUGAACUAUCUGCAGUAGCAACUACAAUAAAGGAGUUAGCUGAAGUUGUUCCUAUCACUAUUGACGAUAUGAAAAAACCUGAAAUAAUGGAAAAACAAAUACCAGCAGUGAAAAAUGCCAUAGUGACUCUGAAGCAAAAAUUGAAUCAUUCUGUGGCCUUAUUACCAGAGACACGAACUUUGGAAAUACUCCACAUACCAAUAGCAGCACUUGCCAGUAAAUUAGAACUCAUAGAAGAUAUCAUUGGAAAAAAGGAAAUGAAGAAAACACGACGAGACAUGAAAUUAGUAAAAGAAUUCGCUGAAAGUGUCGAAAACUUGAAAGAUCAGAUGCAAUCAUUGACAGUUCAAGUACAAGAUGUUGGAUUAUCACCGCAACAAGGGAUAUUCUCUAUCACUGAAGCAACAGAAGAAAUAACUCAACUUGUUGAUUCUAUCAAAAAUAUAGAACAUCAAUCAACUGUGAACGCAGCUGAUAUGACAGUAGAACAAUGCGAUAAAGUAGCUGCACUAAAAAAACCAAUAAGAGAAUUAUCUGAAAUAAUUCACAUUAGUGUAGAAGCUAUGAAAAAACCUGAGGAAAUUGAAGUAUCUAAGGUGAAGAAAGCUAUAUUAGCUUUGAAACAAGAAUUGAUUCAUUCCAUAGAAAUAUUGCCUGAAACCAAAACAUUAACAAUUCUUCAAAUGCCAUUAGCAGCUCUAGCCAGUAAACUAGGAAUAAUAGAAGAUAUCAUGGGAGAAAAUAGCAAAGAAGAAUCAAGAAGAGAUAUAAAAUUGGCAAAAAGUAUCGCCGAAACUGUUGGGGAUUUGGAAAAACAGAUGCAAUCGUUGAAGACUCAGUUACAAAAUGUUGGAGUUACACCACAACAAGGAAUCUUAUCUCUCACUGAAGCAACGAAAGAAAUCGCUCAACUUGUUCCGUCUCUUGAACAUAUAGAACAUGAACCAAAUGUUAACGUAGCUGACAUCACGAUAGAUCAAUUCAAUGAAGUAGCUGCACUACAAAAACCAAUGAAAACAUUAUCUGAAAUUAUUCGAAGCACCGUUGAAGCUUCGAAUAAGCCUGGAAUAAUGGAGCAACAAAUACCAAAAUUGGAAAAUGCUAUAUCAGCUCUGAAGCAGGAAUUGAUUCAUUCCGUGGAAAUAUUUCCUGAAAACAAAACAUUAACGAUUCUUCAAAUGCCAUUAGCAGCUCUAGCCAGUGAGCUAGGAAUCAUAGAAGAUAUCAUGGGGGAAAAGAGCAAAGAAGAAUCAAGAAGAGAUAUAAAAUUGGCAAAAGAUAUCGCCGAAACUGUUGGGGAUUUGGAAAAACAGGUGCAAUCAAUGAAGUCUCACUUACAAAAUGUUGAAGUUACACCACAACAAGGAAUAUUAUCUCUUACUGAAGCAACGAAAGAAAUUGCUCAGCUUGCUGCAUCUCUUGAACAUAUAAAACAUCAAUCGAAUGUAAACGUAGCUGACAUCACGGUAAAUCAAUUCAAUGAAGUAGCUGUACUACAAGAACCAAUGAAAAGAUUAUCUAAAUGUAUUCAAAUCACUGUUGAAGCUACGAACAAGCCAGAAAUAAUAGAACAACAAAUACCAGAAGUGAGAAAUGCUAUAUCAGCUUUGAAGCAUGAAUUGAUUCAUUCCGUAGAAAUGUUGCCUGAAAUGAAAACUUUAACAAUUCUUCAGAUGCCAUUAAACGCUCUAGCUAGUAAACUAGGGAUAAUUGAUGAAAAAAGUGAAGAGAAGACAAAGAAGAAAUCUCGGCGAGAUAUAACAUUAGUAAGAGACUUAGCUGCAACUGUUGGUGGUUUGGUGAAACAGUUAUUGAAAGCUGAAGUAGAAACAAUUGACGCAGUACCCCAAAAAGCUAUAUUAUCUCUCAGUGAAGCAGCAGAAGAAAUUUCUCAUUUUGCUGCUAGUAUCGAAAAUAAUGAAAAUCAACCAAAUGAAGAAAUAGCAGAUAUAUCAGUCGAACAAUUCCAGGAACUAGCUUCACUGAAAAAGCCAAUAAAAAAAUUAACUGAACUCAUAUUCGGCACAACCGAGGCAACGAAAACUUCUGAAAUGAAAGAACGAAAAAAUCCAGAAAUACAGAAUGCGAUAUUAGCUCUGAAACAAGAAUUGAAACAUUGUGUUGAGAUAUUACCAGAAAUUAAAUCAUUAACAAUCCUUCAGUCACCAUUAGCAGCUCUCGCAGGUGAAUUAGAUUUCAUUGGAAGUACAAAGCAAGUAAAAAUUCAUCCUGAACCCAGAAGAGAUAGAAAACUGAUAGAGGAGAUAUCAUUGAUAGUAUGCAACCUCAAUGAUCAUAUCAAAUCAGUAAAAGCUCUAGUAGGAGAAUCAUCUGAUGCACCACAACAAGCCAUAUCAUCAUUUUUUGAAGUUGCAUUGGAAAUUUCUGAGCUAGCAGCUUCUAUAAAGAAAGUUCAAGAAGAACCACUUGAAGAUACUAUCGAUGAUAUUACAGAAAACCAGUUCGAUAAAAUGCAUGCUCUAAAAGCACCACUAGAAGAACUUUACAAAACUAUCACGAUUAGUGCAGACGAAAGAAAGAAAGCAGUGGAAUGGGAAGUGAAAUUGCCUCAAGUGAGGAAUGCUUUAUCAGCGUUGAGGCAAGAAAUACACCAUACUCUACAUAUAUUGCCGGAAACAAAAUCACUGAAAAUCCUACAAAUACCAUUAACUAGUCUUGCUGUCAAAUUAGAAACGAUCGAGAAUAUCAUGGAAGAAAAAUCUGAGGUGGAACCUAGACGAGACAGGGAAUUUGUAGGUAAGCUAGCAGUCACUGUGAGCAACCUCCAAAUGGACUUGGAAUCCCUGAACGCUGCCCCGAAACAACUAAUUGCUUCACCAGGUAUAUUGUCGUUAACUGAAGCUUCAAGCGAACUCACAAUACUGGCUGACUGCCUCCAAAACUUCAGUGAAGAUACCUUAGGGAAUGUUGAAGACAUUACAGUCGAACAGAACUUGGAACUAGCUGCGAUGAAAGAGCAUCUGGAUCAAUUCAUGAUAUCUGUACACACCAUCAUAGAAUCCUUGCAAAAACCAGAAAUAAUCCAGAAACAGCACUCGACAUUGAAAAAAUCUGUGAUAGCACUCAAACAAGCUCUGCAACAGACCACAGCGAUAUUACCAGAAAUUAAAUCUUUGGAGGUAUUCAACACGCCGUUGAUGGCUCUUGCAUGUAGAAUGAAUACGAUCGAGAAUGCUAUUGAAACAAGUUCUAGAUCUCGACCACGCCGAGACCAAAUAAUACUAAAAGAUAUGAAAGAAUCACUCAACGAUUUAGGUCAAGAUAUUCAAUCAUUGCAGCUGGUGGUACAAGAGUUGGAUUCUAAACCACAGCAAGGUAUCUUAGAAAUUAUUGCAGCCAGUCCCAAAAUCUUUGAGCUGUCCUCGUCUAUCUCUGCCAUAGAGCAAAUAUCGAUAGAAGACGUAACUGAUAUAACACCAGUUCAAUUCGAAAACAUAAAACAACUGUGCGAUUCAUUACAAAAAUUUUCAGCUGUGAUUGUAGUUGAGAGAGAAGCUAUGAAGAAAUCACAUGUGUCCGAUGUUGUUCUUCCACAAAUCAGGAAUGCAGUGGUAGCAGUAAAGCAGCAUAUAGUUGAGGUAGUUCACAUAUUGCCACAGGCUUCAGGUUUGAAACAACUGGAACAACCGCUCACAGCUCUGAUGAGUGAUUUGGGAGAUAUUGAAGAGGCAACGAAGAGAUACAAAACUUUCUUGAACUGUAUUGCAAAUUCAAUUGCCAAUUUGGAAAAAGAAUUCCAGUGUUUGGGAACAACAGUGCAGAAAUCGAUAAUGCCUACUCAGCAAGGCGUAUCGUCUCUGAUAGAUGCUACUACUACUGUGUCGGAUGUAUUAGCAGCAGUUCGUAGCGUAGAUCAACAGAAUAUUGAAAACGUAGAAGACAUAACAACAGAACAAUUGAAUUUGUCGAUUCUGAAAGAACCCCUCGAGGAACUGACAGCUGUUUUGAUAAGUACUAAGGAAAUACUGAGUACUCCUAAGAUAUUCAAGGGUGAACUCUCUAAAAUUAAACAUGCUGUGUCAGUUUUGAAGGAAGCUAUUGAUACAGUAACCCAAACUGUACCAGCUACGAAAAUGUUAAUGAAACUUGAAAUACCACUAAAAAAUCUUUCAGCUAAAUUGAGAAACAUAGAAAACGACCUUGAAACAUCUCAACAUCAUGAAAAACUAUAUACUGAAUUUACUGAAAGUAUAAAACGAUUAGAAAGUGAAAUAAUUCAGCUGCGGAAUAAACAGGAACAUUCAUCUCUUGAAUCACAAGGUGUUAUGUGUCUGACUAAGUCAUCUGAAAGUAUAUCAGAGCUAGUGUCUUGCAUUCAAGGUAUUCCAUCACAUCAACUACAAGAUAUUUCAAUGGAUAUACUCAAGAAUCUGGAAUAUUUGAGUGAAGUAGCUAAACAAAUUUCCACAGCUCUAGAAAUCUGUAGGAAGUCAUGUGAUGAGCCACACCAAUUAUCAAAACAGGAAGUACCAGAGAUGAUUACAUUGCUUGGUAAAUUUAGAGAAUGCGCCAAUACUAUCAUUGUUGAAAUGACAGACAAACCUUCAGCAUUGAAAAUACUACAACGACCCUUAGAAAAGUUUGUUGAAAAUAUUUGUGAGAUAGAAGAAAGCAUUAAGAAGACUGAACCUAUGAUCAGGAGAGAUAGAGCAGCUUUGAAGGAAAUAAUCGAAGUUAUAGAAAACUUGGAGGUAGCAAACCAACUAGUAACAGCUACAAGACCACAGGUUCAUGAAGCUCAUAUCUCAGGUAUAUUUCAAACCACCAAACCUCUAAUAGAAUUUUCUUCAAAAUACAGAGAUCUGGAAGCAAACAUAGAUGAAUCAGUGGAGGACAUAACUCUUGAACAAUAUGAGUGCCUAUUAUCUUUGAAAGAACCUUUGGAAAAGCUGACGCUGUUCAUGUCUCGAAUGGAAGGAAAACAAAUUGAACGAGUUGAAGAUGAAGAUUCUGAAUCGAAAAACGCCCUUUCAGUACUGAAAGUAAAUGCUCGAAUGAUUUGUCAAAUAAUACCACAAGCUUUAUCUCUGGAUAUCCUCAAGGCACCUCUCACAUCAUGUAUUGCAUCUAUCGAGCGAAUGGAAGCAGUUUCUAAAGUUAGUGAAGAAUUGUCAGACAUGAUUUCUUCACUUUGUCAGGCAGUGAAGUUACUCAAUGAUAAUAUAGAAGAAAUGGAGAAAAAUAGCGGCAAAAUCAUUCCACCUAUUAAACUAGUGUCUAAGCAACUUCAAAGCCUCAGUAAGCCUCUUGCAACUCUGACUGAAGAUUUAUGUAACAGAAAAGAAGAAUUCAGAUCACUAGAUUCCAAAGACUAUUUGAGCAGACUAUAUAACAUUGUGAAUUAUUCCAUUAGCUCUGUGUCAUCAAUAAAUGGUUACCCCACAAAUUUCAAGAUUGAUGUGAUCUGCAAAAGCAUCAAAUCUGCGAAGGAAGAACUAGAAGCAGUGAUGAAUUUGUUAACAAAAUCUGAGCAGAAUUAUUUGAUCUUAUCUGCUCUACAAGAAAUAUCUUUGGUAAUAGAAAAUACCUCAGACAGCUUGAAAAAGUUGAAAAACUAUCUGUCAACCAUCAAUUCUGUGAAACAACCGUUAUGUGCCCUGCAAGAUAUAACUAAAAAAAUGUUAUUCGAAAAAGAAUGUGAUGACUCUGAUUUUCGAGAGUUUUGUACAGUGCAUGAAUUCAUCAGCGAAAUUAUUUCCAUCUUAAACAGUGGAUCGCUAGAUAUUGAUACAGUAAAUAGAUUCAAGGGCAUUAGUGAGCCAAUAUCGAAUGUUUCCAACGUACUCAACCUCAUUGAAUUCGUCGAUAGAUGCAUCAUUAAGGAUCAAGAAUUAUCUCUAGACAUUAAAUUAGAAGACCUAACGAUUUCUCUCCAGGUUAUUUCCAGUGGAAUAGAUGCUAAGGCUAACAGUACAUUGAUAAGAGAAAUGAAAAAUAUAAUUCGAAAGAUUGAUCACUACCGUGAUAUAGUCAAGAAGAAAAAUCAAGAACGAGGAAUCUUUAAACAAAUGAAACUCACAAUGAACCAACUAAAAGAGGAAAUAGAAGGAAUGAAGAAGAAGUCAGAUAUCUCCUCUCAUGAAAAUCUAAAACCUAUACUAGAUUUGGAAAUCGCAUUUGACCAACUUCUUUGCGGCAUGGAAUGUGUUGAUAGCUCGAGUAUCUCAGAUGUACCAGUUUUUCCAGAUAACUUGUUGAAGGGAUUGGAUAACAUCAUUCCAUACCUAGAAGAGUUACUCAUUGAAUUGGUGAAAAUUAACACCUCAUUGAAAAAAGCUGGACCACAUACAAACCUUCAUGAUGUACUUCAAAAGCGACUUAACAACCUGAAGAAUCAAAUUGAGAAUGUCUUGGGAAUAUCGAUCGAGAAUGAAAUCAUUCAACGAAAAAUCUUGAUUCCGUUUAGAGAACUAUCGAAGAAGCUUGUGAAAAUAGAAGAAGGCAUUGUUAACGAAACUAACGCUGUCAAGAGUAAAAAAUUCAAAACAAUGUUAGAGCCUUUCAAUACCAUCAACAAAGAAAUACUGUCACUACAGUCAGAUGUUAUCAUUUUGAGUGGUGAACCACCAAAAGUGAUUACUGCUCUAAUCAACCUAAAAGAACCAUUGAAUUCAAUCAUGAAUAGGUUGGAGGAGCAGGAAAUCAAAAAUUCAGAAGACCUCAUGAACAUUUUAGGAGACAUAAACAAAAUAGUCAAAGAACCAUUCGAUAUUUUGAGUAGAACAAUAUGCACAAUUAAUUCAGUUUUUACUGAUUCAGACAUCUUCUCAGUGGAGGUACCAACAUUAUGCGAGAAUCUCAAGACCGUUCAUAAAGCCAAUAAAUCUCUGAAAGUCACUUCUUGCUCUGAUAGGCUCAAUAUUUCUUCAUAUAUGGAAAAUUUCAACUCACUAAUACAGAAGGCAAUAAAUGAUUGUAAUGAAGAAAGGCUUGAUUACAAAACUCUGAAGAAUUUCAGUGAAUCUCUGUGUAGCUUCGAAGCUACUACUCGCCAGUUGAAUGAAAAUAAGAAAGUAUUUAAAGAAAUCGGACAAGAUUCAAUACUAUGUUUGGAAGAUUUGUUGGAACCUUUGAGUCUGCUACGAACCAAUCUGAAGUUAGCUGAAGAAUUUGGGUACAAUACGAAAGAUUUCACACCACAAUAUACACAAAACGUAAAUAUCAUCAGUGACAAAAUUUGCGGAAUAAACUUAUUCUUGGAAGAUUUCAUCAAGGAUCCGAGUAGCUUGACUGUGAUGAGAACAUAUGAAACUGAGCUUAUAUCAAGCUUGAAAGAUUUAGAAAUUGUUCUAAGAGAUUCGGCAAAUACGAUUUCUCUCAAUGAGAAAAUGGAAGUUCUAUCACAAUCUUUCAAUUUAUUUGAGGAGGCAGUGAAAAAACUUGAGAUGAAACUACUAGCGCAACAUUUCGAGAAGAGAAAUGACAUCAAAUUUGUUAAUAAUCUCAAAGAAGUUGUUAUCGAUUUCAGGAACAAUAUAAGGAAAUAUGAUGACGUCAAAGCGUUAGAUCAAACUCUGGGUAUAUUGCAAGAAACUUUAUCAGAUAGUGAGCAUUCUAUCAAGCAGAAUCAUACCGAAGACCUUCCAGAAAAUCUCAUCGCGAACAUUACUUUGAUACAUUCUAUCAGAAAUUGUGACGACGAAUUGAAGAUAAUAAUUUCUGAUAAGUCUGCUAAUAGACAUUCACCUCAGAUCAUAUCGGUUUUUACUGAACUUAGCACCAGUAUCGAUAACACAAUCAAAGCUACUGCAAAUAUACAACUAUUCAAAACAAUCAAUGAUUCCCUGAUUCUGUUGCAACAGGAUUUAAUAGAUUUAUUGAAUAAAUUCAAAUCUGAUGACCACGUAAAACAAGAUGACGAAAAAAAAAUUUCCAGAGGAGAGAUCGAAGAAGAGAAGCAAGGAUGCAGUGAAAUCGAACAAACUGCAAUGAAACCUAAUGAAAUGAAAGGAAAUACUGAUAAGGGGUUACUUGGGAAUCAAACAGAAGACAAAGCUAACGGAGAGAUCGAAGAAAGUGAAAGUCAGUCUAUUGACAAAGACGACAAUGUGAAUAUUGAUAAUGCUGAGAAAGGAGGAUUUGGAAUGAAGGAGAGAAUAAUAACGGAAAACGUUAGUGAAGAUGAGCGAAUAAUAAAAACAGUUGAAGAUAAACGAGAAGCAAGGGAAGAUGAAAAAAUAUACUUGAAACAAACUCAAGAGCAAAUGGCGAAUAAAGACAUAGACAAAGAAGUUGGAACAGAACCUGGAGGAAAGAAACCCAGAAAGAGCAUUCCAAAACAAAAGAAGAGUAUUUCUGAAAUCGAUGGUAAAAAUGACGACAAAGGUAUCACUAGUGGAAUUGCAGAGAAGGAAGAGGAAAAAGAGGUUGACAUAAAAUCGAGUAGUGAUCUCGUUGAGAAGAAAACUAAAGAACAGUCAUCAAGUGAUAAUAUCAAUGAUGAUAAGACGGUAGGGACAGAAAAAAAUGGAAGUGACAAAAUCACUGAGGUAGACUAUGAAAGCAAGCAAGUAACAGAAGACCUCAAAAAUGAAAUGGAACACAAAGGAAAGAGAACCAAGUCGAGUAAACUGAAGAGGAAGAAGAGUUCACCUGGAGACAAAGCUGAAAAACCAAAUGACGAAACGAUGUUUUUAGAAAAAGAUAUAGUGAAACAGGAAAUAGUCCUGAACAAAGAAUAUGAGGAAACUGAAAGCUCUUCUGGACCUGAAGAAAAACAAGAUGUUGUAGUUCCACUUGAAGAUGACAAUGCAAAUAAUCAAGUAGCUGAAAAUGUGAAUCAGUCACAAGAUGUAAAGAUAACUAAACGAGGAAUCAUUGAAAACACGAAUGAAGAUCUCAAAGAAAAGCAGAGUUAUCCCGAGAAGAAAGAAAUGUAUGUUGAAGCCGAACGAAACAAUACUCACACAAAUGAGGAACAUAUAAUCUCUAGCAAAGAACCUAUUGGGAGGAAAAGAAACAUAGGAUCGAAAAAAGAAACCAUCAGAAGAGAAAGAACAGAAGACACCCCAAUUGUCACCUCAGAUAAUGAAAGAACGAAACCCACAUUGGAAUUAUCACCAAAUUCUACAACCCAGCAUUCACUAGAAGGUGCGACUAUAACUGGAGAUUACUCAAAACCCAGAGUACAUGAUACUACAAGGCAUUCUCAGAAUCUUGAUUUAGAUAGUUACAAGCCGUCUUCCUAUCAAGGAUCUCGCUUCAUUGGUAGUAAACCUCUAUUCACCACCAACCUCAGGGACUCUACCACAACAAUAAGCUCUAGCACCAGAAUGUCAUGCAGUGUAAUAGGCGGUGACAAUAUAAAAAUAACGUGGUUCAAGAAUAACUCUGAGCUUGUUGAAAGUGAUAAUAUAUCCACUGAAUAUUCAAAUAAUAUUGCAUCUAUCCAGAUAGCGAGUGUGACGUUGACCGACAUUGGAGAGUAUUCUUGCAGAGCUGAGAAUGAAAACGGUGUCAGUAUUACAUCUGGUACUCUCAAAUUAGAAGAAGACGAGCACGCACCAACGACACUUAAAUUCACAAGAGUCAUGACAGACCACUACAAAAUUUCAAGCGAUGAGCUGAGCUUAGAAUGCAAAGUGAGGAGUCACCAACGACCUCAGAUAAAAUGGUUCAAGGAUGGCAGAGAGGUCGGUAUUGGUUCGAAACAUACCCAAAGUUUCUCACCUGAAGGUUUAUGCAAAUUGACUAUAAAGAGUCCAGAGAAGGCUGAUAGUGGGAGGUACACUUGUCGAGUAGAAAAUGAAUUUUGGAAUGAUCAGAUAUCACAUGAACUUAGCUUCAGCGGAAAGAAAGAGUAUAUACACCAAAAGUCGAAACAAAGAGACAUUCGUGAUAGUUCCAGCUUAUCAGGACGACCCUAUUUCUCAGGCAUCUUAACCGAUACGUAUGUCCCAUCUGGAGGAGUGAUGGCUUUACAAGUAGAAAUCAAAGGAACCCCUACUGAAGUGACCUGGUUCAAGGAAAGCUCGAAGCUCGCCAAAUCUUCUCCUAGACAUAGGACCUUCGCAGAGCGUAGCGUUCACACUUUAGUGAUCCCUAAUAUCAAUGACUAUGAAGCUGGGAAAUAUAUUUGUAGAGCAUCUUACCCUCAGGGAAAAAUAGAGACGUCUGCUUAUGUUCAAAUCGUCCAUCCUUCUGCUGUACUGCAUGGGAAGCCAGCGAUGUUUUUGAGCAGACCUGAAAAAAUUCUCAACCUCACUGAGGAUCAAGACAUAGUUGUUUCCUGUAGAGUCACUGGCGAACCGAGACCCACAGUUAUUUGGAUGAAAGGUCUGAAGGACAUCACAAACAGCAUGAGAUCGAUGAGAGAGCAAUGUGAUGACUACAUGAGGUUCACGUUGAAGAGGGUAACGGCUGAAGAUGUCGGCACCUAUUGCAUCCUAGCCAAGAACCGAUAUGGUUGUGAUAGAGCAUUUUUCACCGUUCGUUUGAGGAAUAGAGCAAGAUCUCUUACGCCUACCAAACCAUAUAUGAUGGUGGACAUCCCUUCAUAUCACGAAAGACAUCUACAAACAGAUGUUCCUGGACGUAUUCCAAGCGAGCCCAUAGUCACAGACUCUGGUAAAAACUGGCUCAGCCUAUCCUGGAAGAAGCCAGAACAGCGCGGUAAUGCGCCAGUCCUGGCAUACCGCGUGGAUGCCUGGGAAAGGGGAGGAGAAGGCGCCAGAUGGGCGGAGCUAGGCGUCACUCCUUUGACAACCUUCGACGCUUUCAACUUGAAGCCUGAGGGGGAGUAUCAGUUCAGGGUGACCCCCAGAAAUCGGUACGGUUGGGGAGAAAGUAUCCAAAGCGGGAGUGUGUCGUUGGGAAGGCCUAAUACUCUGCCAGAAUUUACUAGGAUACUGCCAGGGCAGAUGAAGGCUCUGCUAGGAUCGGUUGUGACCUUACAGUGUGAGGUUCAUGGGGAACCUCUUCCUGUCGUCAGGUGGUUGAAAGACUCUAAUGAACUAUUUCAAGAAGAAGAUGAACGUUUGUGUAUGUCCCAGGAGAAAAACACCUGUUCCCUUACCAUCAAAAAUCUGCAGGACAUGGACUCUGGUCGAUUUAUGUGUGAAGCAACCAACAAAAUAGGAAGAGUAUCGACAUUUGCAAGACUCAAUGUUGUGAACGACCCGAAACUUUUGACUGCAGAUGCAAGAUUGAAGCAGAGAAUUUCGGAGUUUGCCAAUAUUAAUGAACUGCCACCUCAGUUCACAAUGAGGCUAAGAGACAGAAGAGUCCAAAUGACUUAUCCAGUGAGAUUAACUUGCCAAGUUGCUGGUUGUCCAGAACCUUCAAUUAAAUGGUUCAAAGAUGGUCUCGAAUUGACUGCAGAUGCUCGACAUGUUUUUUCAACUGACGACAAUUUUCACACACUCGAGAUCAGCAAAACACAUCUGGAUGAUACUGGUUCAUACAGCGUAACGGCUCUGAAUGAUUUCGGAUCAGUCGCUUGUAGAUGCAACCUAGUUGUAGAUAAAGGGAUCAAAGCAUACAUCGCUCCAGAAUUCCUUAACGGUUUGGAACCAUCAUAUUCUGAGGUUUCAGAAGGUAGAGAAUUGAGGAUAGCAGGGAAGAUUGAAGCGUAUCCAAGAGUGGGACUUAUGUGGUAUAAAGAUGGGAUACGUCUAAGACCUUCCAGACGUUUCGUGAUGACUCUGUCUUAUGAUGGAACCCUUGAAUUAUCUAUUGGAGUUAUAACUACAAGAGAUGCUGGGGUGUAUACGUGCGUGGUUCAUAAUGAGAUUGGUAGAGCAGAAAGCAGUGCUAGAGUUGAAGUAGUCGAUGGUUCAACAGCUCAUGUGACAGAAGAAAAAGUUCGAGUUAUCAGUCCAGACAUUCCGUAUUCCAAGGAACCAAAAUUCUUGAAGAAGCCACUUUCAACUGAAGCCCUUGAAGGAGACGAUGUCAUCAUUUUAUGUGAAGUGGUUGGAGAUCCAAAACCAGAAGUUUUGUGGCUGCGGGACUUUCUCAAGCCUGAUUACUACAGAGAUGCAAGCCACUUCCAUCGAAUAGAUGAAGGACCGGAAUAUCGAUUGGAAAUACCGAAUGCUAAAAUAGACUACACAGGAACUUAUACGGUGUACGCCAAAAAUUGUCAUGGUGACGCCAAAGCUAUCAUUUCGCUUCAGAUAAAAGCCAGAGAUUCAUCAGAUUCUAAAGAGGGGAAAAAGAAGAUAGGGGAAGUUCAGUCUAUUCCAAAAUUUUUGAGGAACCUCAGCGAUAUACGUUGUUCUGAUGGCGACUCAGCAACUCUUGAAUGCAAAGUAGAAUCCACAUCUGCACCGAAUAUACGUUGGGAAAAGAGUGGAAAAUUGAUCCACUUAGGAGGUGAUUUCAAUGCCGACUUUGAUGGAGAAACGGCUAGACUGUCCAUCAAUCAGGUAUACCCAGAGGAUGAAGGAGAAUACACUUGCGUGGCUUUUAAUGGACUAGGAAAAGUCAGUACAUCGGCGUUGCCGGAAGAAAAAGACACGCUCCUCACACAACACCUCCGUCGCCCUACUUCCCUCCUGAACACCCCCACCCCCGUGACAACCCCCCGAACCACCCCCAAUCGCAGCGUAUCGCCCGUGCCCAGCUAUCGAACCUCCCACCCCACCAGCAGGAUGCGAGCCAGGCCUCCGAAAUUCUACGCCUACCCCCACAACAGGGUGGCAGAAGAGGGGGAAACCGUCCGGUUCCAGUGCGCAGUCGCCGGCCACCCCGACCCUUGGGUCACGUGGGAGAAAGACGGUGUCGUCGUCACGCCUAACGCGAGGAUAAGGAUCACGGAACGCGAGGACUUGAGAACGCUGGAGAUAGGAGAGGUCACUAGCAUAGACUCGGGGAUGUACAAGGUUAUACUGGAGAACGAUGUAGGUAGGGUCGAGACGACUGUCAAGUUGGAGGUCAUCAGGCAUCGUGUGGCCUCUGCCAGGGGGCUCAGAGCUCGUAGCCUCUCGCCCAAAACUGCUCCGAGGUAUUCCAGAAGCCUGGUUAAUGGUUGCGCCAGGCUGGGAAGUACUGCUAGGUUGUACUGUGACAUUAGAGCCACUCCUACUCCUCACCUUCGAUGGUACAAAGAUGGAGUGCCUUUAGAAGACGACGAUAAGUAUCGUUGCUUCUAUGAUGGCAAAAUGGCGGCCAUUGAAAUAGAAAAAGUCACUUUGGAAGAUUCUGGGAUAUACACUUGCAAAGCAGAGAAUAGAAAUGGUAAGGCAGAGACGCAGGCUUACUUGGAAGUAUACGAAGAGAACUUGUCACCUCCAGAGAUUCUGGAGAGCCUGCCUAAAGACAUGAAGAAGACGGAAGGUUCUCUGGUUGAAUUAACUCUGGAAGCUUUUGGUACGCAGCCAUUCGAUGUUGUUUGGAUGAAGGAUGGUUGUAUCUUGCCUGAUUGUGCGGAUUUUAAGCAAUGCGUCACUGAUGAUGGGGUUAUCAGUCUUACCUUGCCCGAUGCUUAUCCGCAGGAUUCCGGGGAUUACAGGUGUGUUGACGGUCUGCUUGAAACGGCGGAUACAGUGCAGGCUCAUGUCGAGGCUGCUGCUGCACGAUGUGCCGUGGUUUGCAGGAGAGCUGAAUGCCUAGUUGAACAAGCGAAUCCGCUGCAGGCUUCUCAUGUCGAGACUGCUGGAAGAUGUGCGCUGUGGUUCAUAGAGAAAGAUAUGGCAAUUCCUGAAAUAGAGUUUCUGAAGCAUCCAUCUUCAGUGAUAACCAGUGAAGGGGGAAAUGCCUCGUUUUGUGUCCGGGUUCGUAGUAGUUCAAGUGCCGAAAAACCUGUUGUACAGUGGGAAGUUGCUGGACAACCCAUAGUGCCUUCUGAAAAAUACAGGGUGGAAGAAUCCGGUGACGUCAAUAUCCUCCACAUCCUCGGCGUAUCUCGCCGUGACGCGGGCCCCAUCGAAUGCCGGGCCCGUCUGUCGUCCCGCACCAGCUCUCAGUCGACGCGCGAACGGCCCACGAACGACAUCCGCGAGUGUGUGAGCGACGCUGCACGACUAUCGAUCAUCGAACGACAGACCGGGAUCGACGCCGAGGGUCCCGCUCGUGCAAGCAACAGGUGCGAACGACCGUCGCUAGGCGACCGGCCGUGUGGGAUCGACAGCGCUCUGGACCGAGCGGGUGGGAACGACGACCGGCCGUGUGGGAUCGACAGCGCUCUGGACCGAGCGGGUGUGAACGACGACCGGCCGUGUGGGAUCGACAGCGCUCUGGACCGAGCGGGUGGGAACGACGACCGGCCGUGUGGGAUCGACAGCGCUCUGGACCGAGCGGGUGUGAACGACGACCGGCCGUGUGGGAUCGACAGCGUUCUGGACCGAGCGGGUGGGAUCGACGACCGGGCGAGUGGGAGCGAUAGAGAGAGACGGGAGAGUGUCGACAGCGGGGCUUCGAUGGAGGAGCGUAGGGAUGGAGAGACGGCGGCGAUGUUGCUGAGAGGUCCGCAGGAUACGACGGCGCUGGUCGGGGACAGGGUGCUGCUGAAGGCGACGUAUCUGGGAGAGCCUGAGCCGAAUGUGAGGUGGACUAGAGCGGUGAGUACUGGAGUUUUCUUACACUAAAUUCAGACUAGUGUGGUACUAACUUUUUUCAGUUUUUGGUGCUAUGUCAUGGAUCUAUUAUAUCACUGAUAUUUCUCGAUUGUAUUUCUUAAGAAAUAUUACUUUUUUGAUUGGAAUAUACAGAGUGAUAAUCAAGUUAUUGUACAAGCAAAUGUUUCGAGGCCACCCUCAUAGAUAUAAAUUUGAAAGUUUACAAAUGCAUAUUUUUCUUAUGUACUUUCCAUUAGAUUUAACUUUUCGAGGAUGCAAUGUAAUAAGUCGAAUAUGUUUCUCUCCAUUAUUUCAAGAUGACAUUCAGUUGAAGAAGAAC